CAGUUAAGGUUUUAUUUUUUCAGAAUGGAUCAUUAUCCUUUCAUGGAGACCUUCUACUCUGGGUUUAUUCCCUGUACAAAUGAGACAGAAAUGUUUUGUAACUCAAGUUCAACCUUUAACCUAAACCUGAGUAUGGGUCUAAACCUGAGCUUGAACCUGAACUACAGUCUUAAUACAACCUUUAUACUGGAGAUAGAGAGGAUGUGUGGAUCCCCUCCAGACCCUCAGCUUAUAGCAUACUGGAGAUGGUGGAUAUCUGGGGUUAUAUCCAUUAUAACUGCUGGACUAGGCCUCAUUGGAAACUCCUUGAGUGUUAUGGUUCUUUGCAGCAGGCACAUGGCGAGCACAUUCAACCACCUGUUGGCUUGUCUCUGCUUGGCGGAUAUUAUCUUCCUCCUCACAAAUAUUCUCGUCUCUCCAGAAAUAUUUAACAAUGCUAUCACGGAGUCCCUUGUCUACUCUACCAUAUCAGCUGUACUCGAGUGUUUUGGACAUUUCUCUCUCUCUCUUAGUAUCUUUCUUAUCAUAAGUAUCACGCUAGAGAGAUAUCAGGCAGUUUGCUCUCCACACCGUUAUCAGGCUCGAACCCAGUCUACAAGUAAAUCUACUCUUCUUCUUCAGCAUAUAGUGCCGGUCAUCCUACUCUCAGCUCUUCUAAAUAUUACAAGGUUUAUAUCCCUCUUCAAUAUUGGUAUUGAACUUCAGAAAAUUCCAGUUUAUCUCAAAUUUCUACUGUUCUUUCAGAUUUUCCAUCCUUUCUCGACAACAGGAAUUAUUCCAAUCAUUCUCCUCACUAUUCUCAACUAUAAGGUUUACUCCCAGAUGAAAGAGACAAGAUAUUUUCAAUUUACAAGAAGAAGAACAAGGGAUUUUCUGUUAGCUCAGGUUAUGACAGUUCUAGUGAUAGUGUUCCUAGCUUUAAACCUUCCUAGGCUUUGUCUCAGCUUUCUAGAGGUAAUAUCUCUGAGGUCUGUAGAGGUAUGCUAUGAACACGGAUUUGAAUACCACGUGACUAAAGAAACUAUUAUAGGUGACUUCUUUGCUCGGUUCUGUGCUGUGUUGAAUUCCUCUAUCAACUUCAUCAUUUACUGCAUGUUUGGAUCAGAAUUUCGGCGGAACCUGAUGAGAAAACUAGGAAGAGAGUUGACCAGACAACCUUCUACCAUGUCAACCUGCAAGGAUCGGAGAAGGCCAAGAUGGCGACUAGAUACAGAGUUUGGUGAGAGGUUACUGCCUGUACCUGCUCAAGGACAAGAUCAAGGUUCAAUGUCUGGGCUACGAGUUGAUGAUUUAAACAAGAGUUGUACAACCACCAUGACCUCUGAUACUCACAUCUUCAAUCGUCUUCGCUAUGAUGACUUCCCCCGGGAACUAAUAGCAGAAGUAGAAAAUGGCGUCUUCAACCAAUCAGCUGAUUCCCCACGUGUACUGGCAGCGGAGGGAGAAAAUGUCGUUUUCAACUGUUUGGAUGAGUUUCCCAGGAUUCUAGUUUUAGAACCCGAAAGCAAGGAAAUUCCUCUUAACUCAACUCACAAAAAUAGGAAUGAUGUACUGGAGACUAGUUUGUAGAAAUACAAUCAUCUUGUCAAGCACUGAAUCAAAACUUUAUACUUCAGAUGACUUCUUGAUGGUCAUGCUUAAAAAUAAUCAAAUGAUCAUGACUGCAGAUUCGUCAAAUAAUCACAAUGACAAUAAUUUGAGCAAUGAACACAAUCACUCUAUAUAAGUCUCUACGAACGAUUCCAAUAGUUAGAGAUGAGUCGCCUAAUGAUCACAAUAAUCUUUCUAUAGAUGAGUCCAAUGAUUACAAUGAUCAUUACGUAGUAAGUUCACAGAUCUAGUGAUCAUUCUGCAGAUCAGCCCAAUAAUCACAAUUCAACCAACAAUCAUUGUUUUAGACAAUAGAAUCAUGUAUUGAUCAGUUUAAAUGAUCAUCCAGCAAGACUGAUAAAUUUUACAAAUCACGUUGAUCAAAUGAUUUGAUCAUAGAUAUUGAUAAUCAAAGAUCUGAAAUCAAAUUAGAGAUCACUACAUG